AUGUAUGUUAGUUAUCUUUUAGAGAAGGACACCAGUAUGUACCCAAAUUCCGUAAGACACCCAAGCCUAAACCUGAACCCUCAAAAUUUUGUACCCGCACCUCCACAAUAUCCGGAUUUCACAGGAUACCAUCACGUUCCUGGUAUUACCAACGACCCCCACCACAGCCAAACAGGAGCGUGGAAUCCAGCAUACCCCUCUCCACGGGAAGAAUGGACACCUUACGGUCCGGGGACUGGACCAUCUACUUCUAACGGUCAGUUGGGUUUCAGCCAUCCAGAGUUUUCAUCUGCUCAAGCGCCCGGGCUUCUUCCAUCCUCUAUAAACACAUCAGUCGGACAGCUGUCGCCGACCUCUCAGCGCCGGAACCCGUACGAUUGGAUGCGUCGGAGCGCUCCGCCUUCAAAUUCAGGAGGGAAGACCAGAACAAAAGACAAAUACCGUGUGGUGUAUACAGAUCUUCAGCGCCUGGAAUUGGAGAAGGAAUUUCAUUACAGUCGUUACAUCACAAUAAGAAGAAAAUCUGAAUUGGCAACAGCCCUCAGCCUGUCAGAGAGACAGGUAAAGAUCUGGUUCCAGAACCGGCGUGCUAAAGAGAGGAAAGUCAAUAAAAAGAAGAUGCAAGAGCCACAGCCCGCAUCCACAACCACACCUACCCCACCUAACUCAGCUCUACCAGGCAAUGUUGCCAUGGUGACAAGUAGCAGCAGUGGCUUGGUAUCACCAUCUAUGCCAAUGACUAUUAAGGAAGAGUACUAA